AUGUCCACUGCAACCACUUCAACCACAACCACCGCGGCGAGCACCAGUGAAUCCGCCACUUUUGUGACAACCGCGAGUACCUCCGAGAGUACUGGCACCGCGACCAGCACCAGUGCAGCUAGCACCACUGCGACCAUUACGAGUAUCUCGCAGACUACUGGCACCGCCACCAGCACCACUGCGACCAGCACCAGUGACACUAGCAUCAGUAAAACCAGCACCACUGCGACCAGCACCAGUACCACAACGCCGCUUUACGUUGUCAUUAGCGCCAUGUCAUUUCAAAGCAAUGGCACGGCAGGCAAUAUUUCAAGUGCGCUAACAUCUCUUCUAGCGAGUCUGUACAACGUUGAUGAAGAGAACGUGCUGGUAAGUGUCGAAUAUUCUCCCGCCCGGUAUGCAGUGGAUGGUAUUGGCACGGAGUAUGAUGUCGGGUAUGAAAUAAUCCGGGGCCGGCGGAUAUCGCCGAUGGCCCCUGCUGAGGUGAUAUACAGCCACGCAGUCCAGGUUGCUAACGAUACUGCUAGCGCUUAUGAUUUCGGAUCAGCUGUUCAAGUGGCCUUCCUUUCUCAGGGCUUUGCGAUAGUAGGGCAAUAG